UGGCUAACUAAAUGAUGCCAACACCCCUAUUUAAGUUCAAUCACCGAACAAAAGUAGGAAAAAACAGACCGUGUUCUCGACCUCACUUUUUCCAAACCCGGAUUUACCCCGUCUCGUUCUUCGGUGACAUAAGAAAGAAUAUCCUUCGAUCGAUUGACUGCCCCUGAUGCCUCAGAAGCGGCCUACUUUGGAGCUGGGCUCUGUUCUGGUGGUCGGAGGAUGCGGGUUUCUGGGCUGGCACAUUGUCGAUCAAUUGCUCAAUUUCCCUUCGGAGACUGAUGCCAGCGUUGCCCUCCCGAAACCAGAAGGGGACUCUCGAUUCGAUAAUCCUCGGUUGGCCGAUCGGUACCCUAGGUGCGUAGCGAAGGUCUCCGUUCUCGACCUGCGAACAGCCAACAAUCGCCUGCCCGGUGCACAGUACUACGACGGCGACAUCACGUCCGAAGAAUCCCUGCUGGCUAUUUUCCGCGAGGUCAAGCCGGAUGUCGUCAUUCAUACCGCGACGGCGAACGUGUUGGAAGGAAACAAGGAGCUGCUGCGCAAGGUCAAUGUCGAUGGAACCAAGACGUUACUGGAGGUCGCGGGCGGUGACCGUGGUGACUGGGGUGGGAAAUGCAAAGCCUUUGUGUAUACGAGCUCGGCCUCCGUCCUGCACGACACACAGAGUGAUCUGAAAAAUGUGAACGAGGAUUGGCCGCUUAUUCGGGGCAAGUUGCAGCUGGAGUACUACUCCGAUACCAAGGCCGAAGCCGAAGAAAUAGUCUUAAAGUACAAUCGUGCUUCUCCCUCAUCGAUGGUGACAUGUGCUCUGCGCCCCGCAGGUAUAUACGGCGAGAAGGACACCACAUUUACCUUCAAGGUUCUUGAGCACGCGGCCAAAGCGUCCCCGACCGUUUUGCGCAUGCAGCUCGGUGAUAACAACAACUUGUUCGACUUCACAUACGUUGGCAAUGUCGCCUACUCUCAUCUGCUUGCCGCAUACCGUCUUCUUGCCACGCAGACGCGCUACGAGUCCGGACAAGGCGGUCCCCUGGACCAUGAGAAAGUAGACGGUGAAGCCUUCAACAUCACAAAUGACUCCCCCGUGUACUUCUGGGACAUUACUCGCGCUGCAUGGGCGCUGGCUGGGAAGGUUGUGGAGCCUGAUCAGGUGUGGCAGCUUUCUGAGGAUCUUCUGGGGCCCGUUGGCGCCGUCUUGGAGACGGUAUUUGGAUUUAUUGGCAAGACUCCCCGUUUGACAAGGCGCAUUGUCCGGUACUCAUGCAUGACUCGCUACUACUCCUGCGAAAAGGCCAAGUACCGACUCGGGUACAGUCCAAUCGUCUCGGUCCCUGAGGGACUCUCCCGUGCAGUCGGAUAUGUGCUGGCACGCGAACGACUCGAGUCCGAAAAGAAGGGGCUGUGAAGCGUUGACUGGAAGAUUUUAGGGUCGAUAUGGCGUAUAUGUAUUGUAAUAUAUGAUAUGACUAUUUCUUGUGACAUUCCCCUUGGCUUUGUCCUGUUCAUAGUUCUUCAUGGAAAGCCACACUUGCUGAUACUAUUCAUGACAGGCAUUGUGAAGAAAUUCUCAUAAUACCAAAGGCGAAGCCAGAGCAGGACAUACAUCUUUAUUCACCCUAAUCAAGCCAGAUAUUGUAGGUCAAAGUUGAUCGCAUAUGGGCUGAACCAGCUUUCCUGCCAUGCCAGUGCAACACACCAACAUAGUGUCACCACAGCUUCCUGAGUAAUACCCGGAGCAACUUGUCCUGC